UACCUACAAUAACCACCCUCGUCCUAGAUCACCACCAGAGAACUGCACAAUGGCAACACCCUCAAUCUCACGAUCCGCGCUGCGCGCAGUAGUCCGCGCGACUCCGUCACUCCGACCACAGAGCACACGAGCUGCAUCCCGCUGUCUGCACCAACGCGCCACACCCAUCUCAUCCUCGCCGCUGCACCAAAGACCGCGAGUCCAGCAAUGGAGCCCCAGCGCGCCCCUCGCCGGCACCCGCCAAGAAAAGCGCACAAUGUUCAUCCAGACUGAAUCCACUCCCAAUCCCGAUGCCCUCAAAUUCAACCCCAACCAGCGCGUCCUCCCCGACACCAUCUCCUCGGGCUCCCUCGAAUACCUCUCCCCGCGCUCCACCCUUGCGCCGCCCCACCCCUCCCCCCUCGCCGCCCAGCUCCUCAACAUCGACGGUGUAACCUCCGUCUUCUUCGGCGUCGACUACAUCACCGUGACCAAAGACUCUGCGACCCCCUGGGCGCAUGUCAAGCCCGAGGCUUUCGCCAUCAUAAACGAGUACAUGGUCUCAGGCCAGCCCACCGUCAACACCGUCGAAGACCGCGCCGGGGAAGCCGGACAAGGCGGCACGGAGACCGACUCCCUCGCAUACAGCGAAGAUGACGACGAAGUCGUCGGCAUGAUCAAAGAGCUAUUGGAAACCAGGAUCCGCCCCGCGAUCCAGGAAGAUGGCGGGGACAUUGAGUUUCGCGGGUUCACCGACGGGCAGGUGCUGCUGAAGCUGCGGGGCGCCUGUCGCACGUGCGACAGCAGCACCGUGACGCUGAAGAACGGGAUCGAGAGCAUGCUGAUGCACUAUAUAGAGGAGGUGCAGGGCGUGCAGCAGAUUAUGGACGAGGAGGAGGAGGUGGCGUUGAAGGAGUUUGCCAAGUUUGAGGAGAAGCUCAAACAGCAGAAGGGGCCGGAUGCGGUCAAGGGGACCGUGGGGAAGGGGAGUUUGGACUUUGUCGAGUAGGAGGAUGAGGAGGUUCAUUGAAUAGAAGGAAGGUGCGUUGGGUACGGGGUUCUUUCUCGAUGAGAUUGAAGAGAUGAUCCAUCUACGUCUGCAAUCAUUUGGCGUGAGCAGGAGCUGGAUUCCUCUGCAGCAGCCUUCGCUCCUAGUCCAAUCUGUAAUAUAUACACCAGCAUGCAUAUACAAGAUAAUGAAGCUAUGAGCCACACCUGUUCCGCUCCUUCCCUUCGACUGUCCAGUGCCCCAACCCUGUAUCCGCAUGGGCA